AUGGAGAACCCCCAAGAAGAACACUGGGUUGCGGUCAAGCGCAUCUUCCGCUACCUACAAGGCACCAAGAUGCACGGAAUCUGCUACAAGCCAAGUGCAAGGAUCGACUUCCGUGGAUAUUCGGAUGCAGACUGGGCCGGCGACCUCGCUGAUCGCAAGUCGACGUCUGGUUACGUAUUCAUGCUGUUGGGUGCGCCAGUGAGUUGGGGCAGCAAGAAACAGCCAAGUGUUUCGUUGUCCACGAGUGAAGCCGAAUACAUCGCACUCAGCUUGGCGAUUCAAGAGGGCAAGUGGACUCAUCGUCUGCUCUGUGAGAUCAUGAUGGCUGCCAAUGAAGAAGGACCGGAGCUCAUGAUCCAUGAAGACAAUCAGUCGUGUAUCAAGAUGACAAAGAACCCGGUCAACCACGGCCGUGCCAAGCACAUUGACAUAAAGUAUCAUCACAUCCGUGAUGAGGUCAAGCGCGGUGAAGUGAAGCUCAAGUACUGUGAAACUGCGGUGAUUUUAGCGGACAUCAUGACGAAGGAACUUCACGGGCCACGCCACAAGGAGACGACGGCGGCUCUCGGGAUUUGUGCGUGUUCGCAUUGA